CUAUAUCUGUCUGCACCCGAAUUAUGAAUAUUCUGAGUACCUACAACAAUAUAAAACAUUUUGAAACAUUGUACCUGCGGUAAAACAGAAUACGGGUAUUGUUAGGUUGAAAUCUGUAAUAAUGCAAUGAAACCCGACAUCAAAGUACAGUAAUGGGGGUGUGUUGGUGUAAAGACAAGGUUCCAGAAGAAGGUGAUGUGUACUCGCUGAGCCCCGAGCCCGAGUCCGCGUCCCCGGCCGUGUCGGAGACGCGGCCUCGCGUCACCAAGUUUGUGGACUCCAAGCUUGUAGAUCAACUUGUGCUGGAAAUGCUCGGUCUCAUAGCUUCAAUUGUUGACAACGAUGAAGAAUCUCCCGUCUCCCUGGUGAAACUGCAUAUGAUAGCGGACAAAGAGGAAGGAUGGAUACAGGUGGUCAAGUCCAUGGUGAGAGUGAUACCGCUCGAAGACCCUUUCGGCCCGUCUGUCAUCACCAUCCUCCUGGAUGACUGUCCGCUACCCUCCAAAGAUUCCGUUAUAAAGGUGACGCAAAUGCUGGGUCUGUCGUCCCAGAGGGCAGCGCAAGGCGACAUGAACGUGCGAGUUGAGCGGAACAUUUGCGUGGUGCUGGGCUGCCUGGCCGAGAAGCUGGCGGGGCCCAACAGCGUCGCCGUGCUCACGCAGAACACACUCGACUAUCUCAUCGCGUUUCUGGUGAAACGCCGCGAAGCAUGCGUGGUCCUCUUCGCGUUGUUAGCGUUAGAGAAGUUUGCCCACACGACUGAAAACAAGCUGACGAUCAACAAGUGCCUGGUGCGCGAGCGAGGGAACCCCCUGCUCGAGCUGGAGAAGUUGGCGGGGAACAAGGACCCCGUGUGGCGGCAGGUCGGGUUCUGCGCGCAGUGGGCGCUCGACAACCUGUUCCUGGUCGAAGGCCGGAAGCUUUCCUACGAGGUCGUGGACAUGUCCAGCAUCAACGUGAUCCUCAACUCGCAAGACGUGAGCGAGUACUUGAAGAUCUCGUGCGACGGUCUCGAGGCGCGCUGCGACUCGUACUCGUUCGAGAGCGUGCGGUGCACAUUCCAAGUCGACGAGGGCUGCUGGUACUACGAGUCCGUCAUCGUGACGCCAGGGGUCAUGCAGAUUGGCUGGGCGACCAAGAACAGCCAUUUCCUUAAUCAUGAAGGAUACGGCAUCGGAGACGACCUGUAUUCGCUCUCGUACGAUGGCUGUAGGAAGCUCAUUUGGUACAAAGCGCGCCCCGAGCCCGUCACGGAGGUCCCCGAAUGGCGGCCUGGGGACGUCCUAGGAGCUCUAAUAGAUAUGAACACAAAGGAAGUCAUAUUCUCACUCAACGGUCGUCGGUUGCCACCUUGUAGGGAGAUAUUUGAAACAACCAGGCAAGGCUUCUUCGCCGCCGCGAGCUUCAUGGCGUUUCAGCAGUGCCGCUUCAACUUCGGCCACGAGCCGUUCAAGUUCCCGCCUUCCGAUCGGCCGUUCGCCUCCUUCAACCAGCACGGCUACCUGACUGACGAACAAAAAAAGGUUGUGCCCCGAAGGAUAUACCUUGAGCAGCUCCGUUGUUCAAGCGUGAAGGAGGACUCUUGCACGCUUUGCUUCGACGACACCGCUUGCUGUGUGCUAGAGCCGUGCGGACACAGAGGUUUCUGUUCGCUGUGCACGUCGCAGUUGAAGGAGUGCCCGAUGUGCCGGGCGGGCAUCGUGACCGUGCGCCGCGAGGAGACAUGACAGGAGUGGCGCGACAGCGAGUCGAGCCCCAACAUCACGCUCGACGAGUCCCCCACGCCGCCCGCCGACGCCCGCGACCCCGGAGACCAGGUCUUCGAUCUCAUAUAUCGCCUCCAC